ACAUCCAAACAAUGGCUCCCAAGGUUGGAAUCAACGGCUUCGGUCGUAUCGGACGUAUUGUCUUCCGUAACGCCAUCGAGGCUGACUCCGUCGAUGUCGUCGCCGUCAACGACCCUUUCAUUGAGACCCACUACGCUGCCUACAUGCUCAAGUAUGACAGUCAGCACGGUCAGUUCAAGGGCACCAUCGAGACCUACGACCAGGGCCUCGUUGUCAACGGCAAGAAGAUCCGCUUCUUCACCGAGCGUGACCCUGCCAGCAUCCCCUGGGGUCAGGCCGGCGCCGACUACAUUGUCGAGUCUACCGGUGUCUUUACCACCCAGGAGAAGGCCAGCGCUCACUUGAAGGGUGGUGCCAAGAAGGUUGUCAUCUCUGCUCCUUCCGCUGAUGCCCCCAUGUUCGUCAUGGGUGUCAACAACGAGACGUACAACAAGGACAUCCAGAUCCUCUCCAACGCCUCUUGCACCACCAACUGCCUUGCUCCUCUCGCCAAGGUCAUCAACGACAACUUCGGUAUCAUUGAGGGUCUGAUGACCACCGUCCACUCCUACACUGCUACCCAGAAGGUCGUCGAUGGCCCCUCCGCCAAGGACUGGCGUGGUGGCCGUACGGCCGCUACCAACAUCAUCCCCAGCUCUACUGGUGCCGCCAAGGCUGUCGGCAAGGUUAUUCCUUCGCUCAACGGCAAGCUCACCGGAAUGGCCAUGCGUGUUCCCACCUCCAACGUCUCUGUUGUUGACCUGACUGUCCGCACCGAGAAGGGCGUCUCCUACGACCAGAUCAAGGAGGCCAUCAAGAAGGCUUCCGAGAAUGAGCUCAAGGGCAUCCUUGGCUACACCGAGGACGACAUUGUCUCCACUGACCUGAACGGUGACACCCGCUCUUCCAUCUUCGAUGCCAAGGCUGGUAUUUCUCUCAACGCCAACUUCAUUAAGCUCGUUUCCUGGUACGACAACGAGUGGGGUUACUCCCGCCGUGUUGUUGACCUCAUCUCCUACAUUGCCAAGGUCGAUGGCCAAUAGGAAUCAGGACGGAAACCAGAGGCCAGGAGUUUCCUUUAAACAAAACUCGCUGGUCCAUACAAUAGCCCGCGCCUCAGCAGGAUUGGGCAGGCCCUGUGUCCGUGACGUGAUGUUCCGAGAUUGCAGCGUCGUCUUAAGGAUCUUUGGAGGAUAUC